AUGCCUUCAGACUUGUCCAAUUACCUCGCCUCGAAAUACCUCGUCGCCGACGCGAAACCAAAGAAGAAGAAGCGCAAGCAAGCCGCAGCCGGCGGCCUGCUCAUAACAGACGACGACGAUGGCACUUGGGGCCAAAAAACACACGGCGAUGACGAUGCCGACGACGGCCCCGUCACCGUGACGGGCGCAUCGGCCGAGUUUCGACGAGCAAAGAAGAACAACUGGAAACCCCUGGGCGGCGGCGACGCAACCAAGGACACAGACGACACGGCCGCCGCCGACGCCAUCCUCGCCUCCGCCGCCGCCGAGUCCGCCGCUGCCCGUGCCGAAGACGAAGAGAUGCCGCUGGUGGCGGACGACGACGACCACCACAGCACCGUCAAGAUGAGCGACGGCACACACGCCGGCCUGCAGUCCGCGGCCACGGUGUCGGCGCAGCUGCGCCGGCGGCAACGUGAGGAGCGCGCCGAGUUUGAGCGGCACCGCGCGACCGCCCAGGAGGAGGAGACGGUGUACCGCGACGCCACCGGCCGGCGCAUCGACAUUUCCAUGCGCCGCGCCGAGGCGCGCCGGAUGGCCGCCGAGGCCGAGGACAAGGAGCGGCUCGCCAAGGAGGCGCUCAAGGGCGAGGUGCAGCAGGAGGAGGCCCGACAGCGGCGCGAGCUGCUGGAGGAUGCCAAGCUGAUGCCGCUGGCGCGGGGCGCGGAUGACGAGGCGAUGAAUCAGGAGCUCAAGGCGCAGGAGCGGUGGAACGAUCCCAUGAUGCAGUUCAUGAGCGGCGGCGGCAGGGAUGACGCGGGCAAAAAGGGCAAGUCAAAACGACGGCCCGUGUACGCAGGCGCGGCGCCGCCGAAUAGGUACGGCAUCAAGCCGGGGUACCGCUGGGACGGCGUGGACAGGGGCACAGGGUUUGAGGCGGAGCGCUUCAAAGCCCUGAACAGGAUGAAGAGGAACGAGGGACUCGACUACGCAUGGCAGAUGGAUGAGUAG